UUUCUGCAGAGAUUUGAGUAUUUCGGUGACUAGUGAUUAGAAAGUGAUGGCUAGUGCUCAAGUAGAACUGAAAGCCGGUCAUCCUCCGGCCAUCAAGGCUGGCGGGAUGCGAAUUACACAACACAAGACCACGAAAGAAGACAAAGCUAAAACUAAUGGCGAGGAGGUUGCUACUGGUACAUCGCCGAAAAGUUCUCCAUUGGUGAUCGCGGGAGCCGUUGUUAAGGGCGACGCUGAAUUUCCACCAGAAGCUGUACAGAAGUUCCAUACAAAACCAGAACCAAGUCACGUGGAACGUCGCAAUUCCGGAGGUCACAAGCCUAUUCACCAGCCCAGGAAAUGAAGGAUUCCUGUCACGAUGAAACAAGAUCUAUUUCAAGAGACUGUACUGUAUAUAGGUGUGCUCCGUGUGCGGUUUCAUUCCGUUGCAUUUGUACAUCUCAUUUAGCGCUUCAUCGAAAGUUCUGGUCGUUGAUUGAUGUAACGAGAUCAUGAAUCCGAUUCCAAUUCGUGUCUGUGUUGAUUUUUCUUCUCGUACUGUGUGAGAAGAUAACUUGAACUGGAACGGUGAAUUUUGCGUUGCUGAGUGUGACGUUACCUUGUGUUUAAGGUGCGCGAGAGGCAUAUUUUUUAUUGAAACGGGAUCUUCUGCGUUGCUUCCGAAACCAAAGCUGAUCAGCGAUUUAAAGCUUCUUGUGACGUCAGUUUCAAAGCGCGUUAUGAAUUUUUUUUUUUGCUGUUCUAGUGCGUUGACUAACUCUCAGAAAUGCGGCCAAACUGGAAUUGUGCGAGGUUCUGAAUAACAGGCGUACCAUCCUUGAUAAUAAAUCAGAAAACAAUUCAAUUUGUACAAUGGAUACGUGCUACUUACUUCAAUACCUACGUGUAAUUGUAUACGAUCAGGAAUUCAUGAAUUUCGAGGGGCUCGAAGAUCGAAAGAACGUCCCCGAGUGAAAUGAUAGUGUUCUCCGAAUGUUGAAGAAACUGAGUUGUCUAAAACUUGAGUGACUAGUCUAAU